ACAUGAUAAGAGAUGAACAAACAAUAUAUAAACGUUUGUGAGGGCAGCGGUAACAUUGUCGUACUGCACAACAACAAACAUGGUCGCCAAAGCCGUCCUCAUCCUCUGCGCUCAGGCGCUCCUCAUCCAGAGCAUCACUGCUCAGUGCAUUGGAGCUUACCCAGCUCUGGCUGCAGCCCCCUGCGCCGUCACCGCCCCACUAGCCGCCGCUCCCUGCGGUGCUGGCUACGCUGGAUAUGGAUACGCCGCCCCCGCCCAAGCCCUCGCCGCCUCCAACGGCCCCGGCCUCGCCAUCUCCAGCGCCUCCCCCAUCUCCCCGGUCGGCGUGUCCGUAGCCUCCGAGAACGCCAUCGAGGGCGCCCUCGCCGUCGCCGGAGCUCUGCCGUUCCUGGGCACCGUCGGUCUCGAGGGAGUGCUGCCCACCGCCGGCGCCGGUAACGUGGCCUACAACUGCGGUAACGGAGCCGUCGCCAUCACCGCGGAGGACAUCGCCGCCGCUCCGUUCGGCUACGCCGCCGCCGGUCCUCUCGGCUACGGCGCCGCCGGUCUGGGCUGGGAGGGUGCCGGUUUCGGCUACGGUGCGGGUCUCGGCUACGGCCCUGGACUCGGUUACGGUGCCGGCUACGGAGGUUGCGGUUGUGGUGCUCUCCUCGAGAGCAGCACCACAACCGCAACCUCCGUAGCCGGCACCGUAACCGAGUCCAGGGCCGUAGCCGAGACCCGCACCAUAGCCGAAACCGGCACCCUCCCAGCCCAGACCGGCGGCGCCGUAGCCGAGAGGACCGGCGGCGGCGUAGCCGAACGGAGCGGCGGCGAUGUCCUCCGCGGUGAUGGCGACGGCUCCGUUACCGCAGUUGUAGGCCACGUUACCAGCGCCAGCGGUGGGCAACACUCCCUCGAGACCGACGGUGCCCAGGAACGGCAGAGCUCCGGCGACGGCGAGGGCGCCCUCGAUGGCGUUCUCGGAGGCUACGGACACGCCGACCGGGGAGAUGGGGGAGGCGCUGGAGAUGGCGAGGCCGGGGCCGUUGGAGGCGGCCAGGGCUUGGGCGGGGGCGGGGGCGGCGUAUCCAAAUCCAGCGUAGCCGGCACCGCAGGGAGCGGCGGCUACGGUCAAAUUUGUACCAAGUACCUGGAUGAGGAGCGCCUGAGCGCAGAGGAUGAGGACGGCUUUGGCGACCAUUUUAGUUACUAUAAAUACCGACCACUGAAUGUAGUAAGCAUUGUGUACCUACUGAACUCAGUCGAUACAAACAUGUCUUCCUUCGCAUUCCUCAUCCUCGCCGUGCAGGCCUGCCUGCUCCAGACUGUAUACAGCCAGUGCCUGGGCUCAUACGGUUAUGGUGCUGAACUCGCCGCCCCCUUCGGCCUAGCCGGCCCGUACGGCUACGGCGCGGAGAUCGCCGCUCCCUGCGGCCUCGCCGGCUCCUACGGCUACGGCGCUGAGAUUGCUGCUCCCUUCGGCCUCGCCGGCCCCGGCUACGGCUUCGGUCCCUACGCCGCUGGUCCCGCUUACGGCGGUGCCGGUAUCGGUGAGGUUGCUGUAGCCGGCGAGCUGGGAGUGGCCGGUAACACCGCCGUGGCCGGCCAGGUGCCCAUCCUCGGCGCCGUGGAGUUCGGCGGCAUCGUGCCCGCCGGCGGCGCGGUCUCCAUCGGCGGCAGCUGCGCCUGCGGCUGCAACGGCCCCUACUUCUACUGAACAAUUCCUACUACGGCUUUAGAAAAUGAAAAUAUAUAAUUUAUGCAAACGUA